CGUGCUCUCCAGGCAGUGACGUCACGCCGCCGGCCCCGCCCACCGCGAUCCUCCUUCGCCGCCUCAGGUGCUUCUCGCGGCCGAGUCAGUGAGGGAGUGAGAGAGUCUGCCCUUCGGUGUUGUGUCUUCCUCGGGGAGUGAUGCAAGAAGGCGGGGAAGGUAAUUUGGAAUAAAGAUUAAGUGGUGAAAUGUUUUGUCAUUGGGAGGCAGUGAAGAGGCUGUGUUUCAAGAAAUUGCAGCAGGUUGUCCAAACGAGAGCUUUAUCCGGGGCUGAUGCUAUCAAUGCUCUGAGACCAUUCUAUUUUGCAGUGCAUCCAGAUUUUUUUGGCCAGCAUCCCAGAGAAAGGGAAAUCAAUGAAAAUUCUUUGAAAAGAUUAAAUGGGUAUUUGGAGAAUCUCCAGAAACCUGGUUUCAGGUCUUUUAAGCCAAUUCAGCUCACUUUUUAUGUACGAGAGAGAGAACAAAACCUUUCAAAUGUCCAAGAAUCAUUUAGUAGUUCAGGGUUUCGAGCAGUCAGUUUCACUCUUCGCACCAGAGACUUACUAAGCACAGUGCUAGACAUCCUGAAUUCCUGCAGCUUAUCUACUGAACACUUACAAAGCUUGAGCAACAGUGUGAAUACUUCGUCUAACCCGGGAACACAAAAACCAUUUCCAAGGCCAAUUAAAUGGGACAAGACCUAUUAUUCUUUUACUGGAUUCAAAGAUCCUGAGGAAGAACUGGAGCAGGCCCAGAGGAUGGAAACUACUCUGAGUUCCUGGUUAGAUAAUAAUGAAAAAAGUGCAGAAAAGAAGUUAAAGGAUAGCUUACCACUCAGGGAAGAACUGGACCGCUUGAAAGAUGAACUCUGUUGUCAGCUACAGCUCUCUGAUAUUAGAUGGCAGAGAAGUUGGGGUAUUGCUCAUCGGUGUAGUCAGCUACACAGUUUAAGUCGUUUAGCUCAACAGAGCCCAGAAGCACCAAGGAAUGCAAAAGGACGCACAGUAAUAUUUACAGAUCGCUCUGGUAUGAGUGCAACAGGCCAUGUUAUGCUGGGAACUAUGGAUGUUCACCAUCACUGGACCAAAAUUUUUGAAAGGCUGCCAAGUUACUCUGAACUUCAAAAAAAAGUGCUGCUUCUGGAGGACCAUAUAAGCCAUCUUUUAGGAGGCAUACAAAUAACAUACGUUGAAGAGCUGCAGCCAACGCUCACCCUGGAAGAGUAUUACUCCAUCCUUGAUAGUUUUUAUAACCGAGCGCGUAACAGUAGGCUUCCAUUUCACCCUCGUAGUUUGCGUGGAUUGCUAAUUAUUUUAGAAAGUGACAGGUAUGCACCGAGUCUGCAUGAAUUAGGCCAUUUCAUCAUCCCGACAUCCUGCGAUUUCAGUGCCCUUCUGUGGUUUAUCAUCACCAAUGCACAGCAAGCAAGAGAGAAGCUGGAAAAAAAGGAAGAGUUAAUGAAGCUAGAAAAGCAGCUGGUAGAGGCUGCUGUGGAUAAAUUCUGCCUCCAACGACUAUAUAAGGAGCCUAGUGUUUCCAGUGUGCAGAUGAUCCAUUCAUGCAAAAGACUGCUGGAAGAAGAUUUACUGCCAUACCUGCAAGGCAUGCACCUCUGCAUAUCCCACUUCUAUUCAGUUCUGCAAGACGGAGACCUCUGUAUCCCUUGGAACUGGAAGAGUGGGCGGCACACCCAGUGAACCGACAAGUCGUUUGUUUUGUGUAAGAGAAAAUGGAACUUUCCUUAGAAUUUAAUGAAAUUUCCAAGAUGCUAAUUUUCAUGCCAGUAUUACAGGUAAACAAGAUAUCUGCAUGAGUUUUAGUGGCUGUUAAUAAAGCUACAAACAAGUGUCUUUUAAAGAUAACCUCAGCAAGUCUAAAUGGUUUCUGUAUGUAUCUGCAUCAGGAUAUAAGUGAAAGGGCCAAUUAGAGAACAAAUUAUCCAAAACAUGAAUAGAAUAGAAAGAGCACAGAAAUACGUAAAUUUUAUACAUUUUUAAAAUAAUUAAUUAGAUAUAGACUAGUGAGCUACCUAAACAGGGUGGAUUGUAAUAUAUAAGGAAAUGUGUUUGAAGCAUUCUUCAAAUUGAAGCUAAUCUGUGGCACAGAGAAUGUUGCAAUGUAAAAGCAAGAGAGAGAAUAUCUCUAAAGCUAUAUUUUGUGUGACAUGUUUUAUUUACAAAUUUGUAUAUAAAAUGUAUUCUAAUGAAAGACAAUAUUUAUUUUUCAAGUUUGCUGUACAGCUCACUUGAGUAGAUUUUAUAAAUGAUUAUUGAAAACUGUUAACCACUAGACCUUGCACUUUCUACAUUUUUUCAGAUAGACAAAAAAUAUCAGACUAAAUUAUGUUUUCUUCAUACAGUUUGUGAAUGUUCCUUUUUUAAACUAAGGAGCUGUUGUGCAAUUUUUUACAGGUUUCUUGCUAGAUGCACUCAAUCCUACACAAAGUGUGGCAAGGAGAGCUAGGGAAAUAUGUCCUGUGCUCCAUACCUCAGGUCCUUUAGAUAUGAAUGGCCCUGCUCUUUGCUUACAAAAUCCCCAUGUACGUAAGUCCCGGGGGAUGGCAAGCUUACAAUUGAUCCAAGACUAAAUAGUGGCCUAGCUUUAGGUGUGCUCCACUUUAUGUCCACAUGGAAACAUGUAUGUGUUAUUGGAUGGUAUGGGAAAGUCUUAAAUAUGUAGCACCCCAUCUUCUUAUGGAGAUUACAGUCUUUCUGUCAGCUGUACAUGUGGAGGAGUAUUCGAGGGAGGAACCAAAUUGGACUGAAGUUACCAUUUUAUGUGACAUCGUUUGAAUUCUUAAAAUGAACAUCUUGUGUUUAUAUUCACAUCAUCUACAGCAGUGGUUCCCAGCCUUUGGUCUUCCAGGUGUUUUGGACUUCAACUCCCACAAUUCCUAACAGUUGGUAAGAUGGCUGAGAUUUUUGGGAGUUUUAAGUCCAAAACACCUGGAGGACAAAGGUUUGGGAACCACUGAGCUACAGGAAGACAGCUUAUUUAAGGGCAGGUGACCUGUGACUCUGUAGAUGUUCACAUUCCCAUCAGCCUUUUUAAUAAAGCCAGAAAUCAAGGAUGAUGUGAAUUAUAAGCCUGAAACUCCUGGAGGGUCAUAGUUAGCCACCCUGAUUAAGAUGCACAGAGACGUUCCACAUUAUCACACCAAGCCUUUAAAGCUGGCAGCCCCGCAUUUCUGCUGCCUGCAUAAUUCUGGGAAAUGUAGUGUAAUUCUUAGCCACAGAGGUCCUCAUCUUCCCAAACUACAUUUCCCAGAAUUCUGCAAGCAGUAGAAAUGUGGGGCUGCCCGCUUUAAAGUUCUAGUAUGAUAACAUUGGUUAUCUCAUAUGAUUUCACUAACACAAGGUGUAAACUGAAAACUUGUUUGAUAAGAAAGUAUGACAAGCUUGCUUUCAACCAUGAAUCGGUAUACCUAAUCAAAAGCAGAGAUGUAUUGGUGUACUUUAUUUGAUGUAUAAACACGAUCAGGCUACAUUGCCUUGAAUGUUGGCAAGAUUUGUAGCUCUUACCUUAUUGAAAUGUAUGUGUACUUUGUGUUUCAAAUGUAUGACUAGCUUGGUGAAAUUUCUGAUACUGGAAAAGGAAGAAAUGGUUGUACUACAAAUGCUUGAGCACCUUUGAAUCCAGUGGAAACUGAAAGCACAGUGAUUCCUUCAGACUAAUCCCUAAACACGGAGGUAUCUAUUUUGUUGCUGGAUAUCAGUAAUCUGAAAAUUCAGUUGUCCUAUGUCAGUAUUUUGAAGUAUUUCUGAUGAGAUGUCAUUGCUGUUUUUUAAGAAAUAAAGUAGUGUUUUCAACA